AUGUCUUCCAUCGUCAACAAGGUUAAGGAGGCUCUGCACUCCGACAAGGAUAACAAGCACACCGACACCACUGGCACUCACAGCUCUACCACUGGCACUCACAGUUCUACCACUGGCACUCACACCACUGGCGCUCACACCACCGGUACUCACAACACUACCACUGGUGCUCACAACACAACUGGCCUGAGCUCCGGAGCUGCUGGCACCGCCGGCUACUCUGGUGCUACUGGUCCUGCCCCCAACACUGCUGGCCCUCACUCCUCCGAUAUGCUGAACAAGGCCGAUCCCCGCGUCGACUCCGACCUAGACAGCCGCAACCGCGUUGGCGGUGCCGGCACCACUCACACCGGUACCACUCACACCGGCAACACCCACAGCCACACCACCGGCACCGGCUCCACCAACGUCGGCCCUCACUCCUCCAACCUGGCCAACAAGGCCGACCCUCGCGUCGACUCUGAUCUCGACGGCCGCAACCGUGUUGGCGGCGCUGCUGCUGGCACUCACUCCAGCUACGCUACCGGCCCUGGCUCCAACACUGCCGGUCCCCACUCCUCCAACAUCGCCAACAAGGCCGAUCCCCGUGUCGACUCUGACCUUGACAGCCACAACCGCGCUGGUGCUUUCGGCAGCGGCCCCGGCCCUGCCUCCGGCACUGCUGGUCCUCACUCUUCCAACCUCGCCAACAAGGCUGAUCCCCGCGUGGACUCUGACCUUGACGGCCGCUCUGGUGGCUACAACACCCGCAGCUCUGCCGCUGCUGGCGGUCUCGGCGCCACUGGCGGCGCUGCUGGUGUCCACGGACAGCAGUACAACACCACCUCGGGCCACAGCGGUCUCAACACUACCACCGGCUCUGGCAUCAACACCACCACCGGUACCACUGGCGCUGGCUACGGCACCGGUAACACCAUCGGUAGCACUGGCACUCACGGCUCUACCGACCCUCUCCACAGCCACAGCACCCAUGGUACUCACGGCAGCCACAACACCUCUGGCCUCACUGGCUCUUCCGGAACCACUGGCCUUACUGGCACUCACGGUACCACUGGCACCCACAACACCACUGGUCUGACUGGCACUCAUGGCACUACCACUGGUGCCGCUGGCACUCACGCCUACCAGGGUCACCAGAACGCCGGUACUCACGGUACCACUGGCACCCACAACACCACCGGUACUCACGGCACCACUGGCACUCACAACACCACCGGCACUGGCCUCCACAGCGGUCCCGGCCCUGCCCCCAACACGGCUGGCCCUCACAAGUCCGACAUGUUGAACAAGGUUGACCCCCGCGUCGACUCCGACCUCGACGGCAGCAAGACUGUCGGCGGCAACAAGACAGUCGAUAGCACCAGAAGAGAUCCCACGGACGCGGCGCAGGUGCCUCCUUCUGUCAUGCAGCAGCAUAUUGGCGCCCCGACCAUUCACCACGACGACGCCUCACACGACCGCGAGCGCCGUCACAGCAUCACCCACCGUGAGACGCACAGCGGUCUGUAA